ACCGUUAAUCUAUUUUAAAUAAUUGAUAGUUGUCGUUUUUUGCAAGUCAUGUUAUUAUUAUGUACCUAAGCUACUAUAAGUUUCGGCGGUAUAAUCUCGAUUGUAUUGAAUUUUUGUUACCGUUUGUUCUUUAUCAGCAUUCGAACCCGCUCCAUGUGUAGUACUGCUAGUAGAUUUACUAGAACAAAUUUUGCUGUAUAAUUCCGAAAGGCGUCAUAUUGCGGUUGAGUAGUACUUAAACUUUUAUCGCGAGAUGUGCGAAAAGGUAUGAUAAUGAAAUCGCUUCAUACUUGUUUGUGGUUCCUUUAAAUUCUAAGACUGACUCUUAGCAGCUUCAAUUAAUCAAAAAUUGAAAAUAUUUUUUGUGAUCCUGUAAUUAUUGACUAGUUGUAGAAAACAUUGUUAAAAUGUCCAACCAAGCACCGGUAUCAAACAACUCAGAAGUAUGUCUGGCCUUAUACAGAAAAUCUUUGAAGUCCAAAGAUAUGGAUCACGAAGGAACCCACUUCGAUGGUCAAUAUCCACAUAUCUUUGUUACAUUGGGAGCUUCGGGUGAUUUAGCACGUAAAAAAAUCUACCCUACACUAUGGUGGCUAUACAGGGAUAACUUACUACCAUCUAACACCCACUUUUUUGGAUAUGCCAGGAGUAACACGACGAUUGAGGAAAUAAGGGCAAAAUGUGAGCCAUACAUGAAAGUAAAAAAAGCAGAAGAGAAAUUGUAUGAUGAAUUUUGGAAGUUAAAUUAUUACAUAUCGGGAAAAUAUGACGUUCGGAGCGAUUUUGAAAAACUGAAUCAAGCAAUAUCGCAAUACGAAAAAGGGACCGUUGCGAAUCGGUUGUUUUACUUGGCUUUGCCCCCUUCAGUGUUUGAAGAUGUUACUGUUCUAAUCAAGAAUAAUUGUAUGGGGGAAAAAGGCUGGACAAGAAUUAUAGUUGAAAAACCAUUUGGGCGAGACUCGGCUAGUUCGCAAAAACUGUCUGAUCAUCUAUCUAGCUUAUUUGAUGAACAUCAACUCUAUCGUAUUGAUCAUUACUUAGGAAAAGAAAUGGUUCAAAACCUUAUGACUCUUAGAUUCGGAAAUAGGAUUUUUGGCCCGACAUGGAACAGAGAUAAUAUAGCAUCUAUCCAAAUCACCUUUAAGGAACCUUUUGGAACUCAAGGAAGGGGAGGAUAUUUUGAUGAAUUCGGCAUAAUUAGAGAUGUUAUGCAAAAUCAUUUAUUACAAAUUUUAACUUUAGUAGCGAUGGAAAAGCCGGCUACUGUACAUCCAGAUGACAUUAGAAAUGAAAAGGUAAAAGUUCUAAAAUGUGUCAACACUUUACAUCUUAGCGAUGUGGUUUUGGGUCAAUAUGUGGCUGAUCCCAAUGGAAAGGGAGAAGCACUAACUGGAUACCUUGAUGAUCCAACAGUUCCUGAAGGCUCAAUCACGCCUACUUACGCAGCUGCCGUACUAAGAAUAAAUAACGAGAGAUGGGAUGGAGUUCCAUUUAUUCUUAAAUGUGGCAAAGCACUGAAUGAAAGGAAAGCAGAAGUAAGAAUUCAGUUUGAGGAUGUUCCUGGGGACAUUUUUGACGGAAAACCAAAGAGAAACGAAUUGGUGAUUAGAGUUCAACCAGGCGAGGCUUUAUAUUGUAAAUUAAUGGUGAAAACUCCUGGUAUGGCCUUCGAUAUGGAGGAAACUGAACUUGACCUUACCUAUGUGCAUAGAUAUGAAAAUGUAAAAUUGCCAGACGCCUACGAGAGGUUAAUUCUAGACGUGUUUUGUGGUUCGCAAAUGCAUUUUGUUAGGUCCGAUGAACUUAGCGAAGCUUGGAGAAUAUUUACACCCUUGCUACAUCAGAUAGAAAAUGAAAGAAUCGCACCUACACCAUAUAAAUUUGGAAGCAGAGGGCCCAAAGAAGCUGAUGAACUGCUUAAGAAGAACAACUAUACGUAUUCUGGUUCAUACAAAUGGUACAAAUCUAAUAUUUAAUUUGGUGGGGCAAACAGGUUGACAUUUUGCAUUCCAAUGAUUUUGUUUUCGAAUGCAUUUAUUGUUAUUUUAUGACUUCUGGUUUUGGUUUUAUACUUGAAAGUUUUAAUCUAUGUUGAAUAUACAAGUGGAUUGUUUUA